CCAACGGCCCCCGCCCAUUUAUAAAAACAAGCCCCAUCCCCUCCACGCACGCGCUUCCCCUCCACCAUCUCGUUCCGGAUCUCUUCAUCUCUCGUCUCUCUCAACCACAACGCGUCGAUUCUAAUUUUCGCAACUUCUCAAAAGUACACUCGUCUCUAAAUCGACUUCAAUCGCUUUUUCGAUUGAAUCCUGCUUCAUAGCAAACCUUCACGCUUAACGCAUCCACACAACCCUCCCAAAACAAUCACAAUGCCUCCCAAGAAGACCGAGGGCGCCGCCGCUGCCCCCAGCAAGAAGUCCACCCACGCCAGCUACCAGGACAUGAUCACUGAUGCCAUCGUCGCUCUCAAGGACCGUAACGGAUCUUCCCGCCAGUCCCUGAAGAAGUACGUCAAGGCCAACAACCAGAUCAACACCGUUAGCGACAACAUGUUCGACUCUCUCUUCAACAAGGCCCUUCGCGCCGGUGUCGAGAAGGGUGUCUUCGAGCAGCCCAAGGGUCCCUCCGGUGGUACCAAGCUCGCCAAGAAGGCGCCUAAGCCCGCCGAGAAGAAGGCCCCCGCGAAGAAGGAGGCCAAGGAGCCUAAGGAGAAGAAGGCCGCAGCAAAGAAGGAGACCAAGGAGCCCAAGGAGAAGAAGCCCGUCGUCCUCAGCAAGACCAAGACUGGUCGCGUCACCAAGACUGAGAAGAAGGCAGCACCCGCCAAGAAGGAGGCAAAGGAGCCCAAGGAGAAGAAGGCCGCUGCUCCCAAGAAGGCUGCCGCCCCGAAGAAGGCAGCGCCCAAGAAGGCCGCCGCCGACAAGAAGGAGGCCAAGGCUGAGGCUCCCGCUGCCACGGCAUAAAGGGUCACUUCCUUAUGUCCCCCACCUUGAACGACGUUGCAGUGUCGAGUAAAUCUGUUCGGCUCUUUGCACACCUGUUUUUGUGUCACGAAAUCUUGUCGAAAGGCGUUUACGGGAGUUGUUA